AACUUAAAUGUUCUCAGGAAGAGGAUUAACAAUUUGUAUAUUGUAAAGUUUUCUCCUUGUGUUUGGUUGCUUGAUUUUGUCCGUGUUUUCUACUAUACCUGAACACACAAAACUUGCCUCUGGCUGUCUCUUCAUUUUGGAGUUUGUCAUGAUUGUUGUCUUUGGUUUGGAAUUUAUUAUUCGUAUCUGGUCUGCUGGAUGCUGUUGUCGAUACCGAGGAUGGCAAGGAAGACUGCGCUUUGCAAGGAAACCAUUCUGUGUAAUAGACAUCAUUGUUCUCAUCGCUUCAAUAGCAGUUGUUUCUGCAAAAACUCAGGGUAACAUUUUUGCAACAUCAGCACUGAGAAGUCUUCGUUUCCUACAGAUCCUUCGUAUGGUGCGCAUGGACCGAAGAGGAGGCACUUGGAAAUUAUUAGGUUCAGUAGUUUAUGCACAUAGCAAGGAAUUAAUCACAGCCUGGUACAUAGGAUUUUUAGUACUCAUCUUUUCAUCUUUCCUGGUUUAUCUGGUGGAAAAAGAUGCAAAUAACCAGUUCUCUACAUAUGCAGAUGCUCUCUGGUGGGGCACAAUCACCUUGACAACCAUUGGCUAUGGAGACAAAACUCCUCUUACUUGGCUUGGAAGGUUGCUUUCUGCAGGAUUUGCUCUCCUUGGCAUUUCUUUCUUUGCACUACCUGCUGGCAUCCUUGGCUCAGGAUUUGCAUUAAAAGUGCAGGAACAGCAUCGUCAGAAGCAUUUUGAGAAAAGAAGGAAUCCGGCUGCCAGUUUAAUUCAGUGUGUAUGGCGUAGUUAUGCGGCUGAUGAGAAAUCGGUUUCCAUUGCUACCUGGAAGCCUCAUUUGAAGGCCUUGCAUACCUGCAGCCCUACAAAAAAAGAACAAGGGGAAGCUUCUAGCAGUCAAAAGUUAAGUUUCAAAGAGCGGGUCCGGAUGGCCAGCCCACGAGGUCAAAGUAUUAAGAAUAGGCAGUCUUCAAUCGGAGAUCGCCGGUCACCGAGCGCCGACAUUGCUACAGAGGGGAGCCCGACCAAGGUUCAGAAGAGCUGGAGCUUCAAUGACCGGACCCGUUUCAGGCCAUCCCUGCGGCUAAAGAGUUCCCAGCCAAAACCAGUGGUUGAUGCUGACACUACUCUGGGAACAGAUGAUGUUUAUGAUGAUAAAGGGUGCCAGUGCGAUGUAUCAGUAGAAGAUCUGACCCCUGCUCUUAAAACUGUCAUCCGAGCAAUCAGAAUUAUGAAAUUUCACGUUGCAAAGAGAAAGUUUAAGGAAACACUUCGCCCAUAUGACGUCAAAGAUGUCAUUGAACAGUACUCAGCAGGUCACCUAGAUAUGUUAUGCAGGAUUAAAAGCCUUCAGUCACGUGUCGACCAAAUUCUUGGAAAAGGACAAAUCACAGCAGAUAAAAGAAGCAGAGAAAAGAAUACUGCAGAGAAUGAGACCGCCGAUGACCUUAGUAUGUUAGGGCGUGUAGUCAAGGUGGAGAAGCAGGUACAAUCCAUUGAGUCAAAACUGGACUGUCUGUUAGAUAUUUAUCAACAAGUUUUACGAAAAGGAUCUGCGUCAGCGCUCACUUUGGCUUCACUUCAAAUGCCAGCUUUUGACUGUGAGCAGACUUCUGAUUAUCAAAGUCCAGCAGACAGCAAAGAUUUGUCUAAUUCUGCACAAAUUAGUGGAUGUGUAUCCAGAUCAGCUAGUGCCAAUCUGCCUCGUGGCCUACAGCUUAUACUGACACCAAAUGAAUUUAGCACUCAGGCUUACUAUGCUUUUAGUCCAGCUAUGCAUAGUCAAGCGACGCAAGUGCCAAAUGAUGGACCUACAACAGUUAGUAAUGCAUCAAACCAAAUAAACCAGGCAUCUAAGCCAGCAACUCCCACAACAUUACAGAUACCACCUUUCUCAUCAGUGAAGCAUAUCAAUAGGCCUGAACCCGUUCAUAUAAUUCCUGUAACCACACAGGAAAAUAUUUCUGAUGUCACCGCUUGCCUUGUUGCGUCAAAGGAUAACGGACAAGUUGCACAGCCCGGUGCAGCAAAGGAUCUCACAUGGCGAAAAAGUUUCGAUACAGAGGGAGAACCUUUGCUCUCAGUUAAACCUGUGGUGCAAAUGGAUUUAGGGAAAUCUCUGUCUGUACAAAACCUUAUACAGUCCACAGAAGAACUGAAUGUACAGAUUGCUGGUAGUGACUCCAGCGGUUCGAGAGGUAGCCAAGACAUAUACUCCAAAUGGAGGGAGUCAAAAUUAUUUAUAACUGACGAAGAGUUGGAAACAGAGGCAGGAACAGAGACUACUGAAGCCAUCUCUCGCCCGUUAGUGGAAACAACUCUCUCUACUGACUCUCUAAGGACUGGAAUAUCAAGAUCAUCUCAAAGCAUUUGCAAGCCAGGGGACGGUACAGAAGCACUCAGUCUGCUCCAUGUCAAACUCAAAUAACAGUUUGUGGGCUUUCUUCGUUGGCUGGGAAAUUCCUCUAGUCAUACAUAUCAUAGCAUGAACUAUUUUGAAAGCCUUUUUAAUAAGAUAAAGUCACAGAAAUCAGGAUCAGUCUGAAAGGCAGUUGAAUGAGCCCAUAUCUUCUAGUUGCAUGAAAAUGCAUGUUUAAGCGAUGGCUAAAAUUCAAAUUUAUACCUACAGUACAGCAGCCUUUCAUGUAGUACAGUAGGUUUAAAUAAUGAGUUAUCAACAAAGCUAAUGCUGCAGGAUGUAUCAAAAAGCAAAAGUCUGAGCAUUUAGACCUAGUGCCGUUUCCACAGGGCAGAAGUAAAAAUCCUAAGUUUUAAAGCACUUUGCUUCUGAACUAAUUAAAAUACAUAUAUAUAUAUAUAUAUAUAUAUAUGUCCUGAUUUAGAUUAUAGUUUAUGUUUACAACAAAAAGAAUUAUCUACAGCUGCUAGCAAGGUACCAAGGAAACCAGUAAUAUGGGAUUAGAAAUGGCUGCCAGUUGCAAGAUAUACACAUUAGUUCAUCAGUAAUCAGUUAUUUUAACUCUGAAAAAAACAGAAUGUUAAUAUCUGUCUAAUUUUUGGUGAUUUAGUGUUGUGGCAGAAGUACUUGACACACUACUUUCAGGUUGUUCUUUAAAAUGAGAGCGUUCUUUUGCAACGAAAAGUUCAUAAUCUAAAGAUGGGGGCUGGCCUCAGAAGUGGGUAAUUUGGGCAACUGCACUAGAAAUUCAGGGGAACCUCUCCUUCUUCCAGUCUUAUUGAGGAGCCCUCGUGUGCAUCUGAAAUAUUUAGGCAGCAGCGUGUCAGGGAGAGGAGCAGGCACUGCCUUUGACGUAGAAGCAAUAUUUCCUUCUGUGGAGAUGUUGGCAGUUUUCCUCGUUGCCACAACCUGUUACCAUGAUAGCACUUUGUAAAUCUGAGAAAGGAGGGAAAAUGAGGAACUGCAAUGCAAUUCCUCUGAAAUGCAGUAAUGGAAAAGAGGAUAGGGCAGAGAAGAGAGAAAGACAACACAAUCAAUGAAUUAACAGAAAAAAAAAAAAAAGGAAAGAGUAUGGAUUUCAAUGAGCAGGAAGAGAAAUGAUCCCAGAAAAUAAAAGAAGGGAGGUAAAGAUGGAAAAGAUCUUUUAAAUUCCAGCCUGUCAGUCACAGACACCAAGUGCUAUUUCCAAAAAGGCCGUGUAGGCAUUUGGAAAUGGAAGUAGUGAUAGGGAAAAACAUCCUAACUGAACAAACUGAAGGCAAUUUUUUUUUUUUUUAAUAAAAGAGGAGGAGGAGAGAGGAAAAGAGUUCACACUCUUAUAGUGCAACACUAUCCCAACUGUAGUCAUUUCUGAUGAACUUUCCAAGAAAGGACCUUCAGACUCCUUCCUCCUGAUACCCAAGUUUUAAAAUUCAAAGCCUACACUAGACUGAGCAUUGCUGCUUCAUACAUCCUCUUUCUUUCUUACGCUACCUACGUUUCCCCUGUGCUGAGAUGCAGGAGCCGUGUCUGUGCCUACCUGCUCGUCCCCAGCAAGGCUUCACUGCUCGAAGAGCCCCUGGGGAGCCGAAAAAGGCUUUAGCUCUUCCCAACUGUACACGAUUCCUGUUUGGUUUCUCCCCCCAGAUUCAUACCCUACCUGCACUGCAGGCUUGUUGCAGACAACCUGACUUGGGCUCAGCUUCCCUCUAGCGACAGGAGCGCCGAAUGUAGGGGGGUGCCAGUGCCAGCUCACUCAGGGCAGUGUUUCCUCAAGGCCCACACCUGCUGGGAACUCACAGUAUACAUCAAAAACGUCACUCUAGUCUUAAAUCAUGGCUAAAUGCUGUAGAUUGUAUUGUGAAGGACUUGAUCUGUUUACUAUGAAACCAUUGUAAUUUCUGCUUCCAUAUCUCUUUUACAGAAGUAUUCCUGUAUUCGAUGUUACACGAUAACCUUAUUAUGUGAAAGUACAUGCAAACUGCGGAGUGUGUAUUGCGUGCGGUUACGGGGGGCCAUGGAUGGUACGCUGCGCUCCGCAGCUGACGCCAGAGCAAAGCGCAGCUGUUAAAUUCUGAAAGACACCUUAAAGCACAAUUUCCUCACCACUAAUUUGCCAUAUAAUUUACCACAUUCAGCCUGUGCUGUUUUCUUUAAUGUGCAAGCUGAUCAUGCUAAAAAGCCUGAUGACAAGUCAUUUUGUGUGGUUAAACAGGGUUUUUUUUUUCCACAUCUCAGUUCAUUUAACUACUAACUUAGCUGAACACCUGCCCUUUAUCCAGACAAAUCGCUAUAUUUAAAGUAUUAUACAAAACUUAAAAACUUAAAAGUUUUGGGGCUUCUUUUUCUUUUUCCUAACAGUUUUUGGUGCCUUUCUUUCCUCUUAUAUGAAGCCUCCUGCUGGCCUAAGCAUAAACCUGCAUUUAGGCUCAGUGAAGGAGCAAGAGAUGAGGCGCAUGGUACCUAUGUGUCACUAAUGGAACUCACCUUCCCCCUCUCAUUAGGUAGAAAAAUAAAGGCAUCGUGAAUUGGACUCCAGCCUUCUACCUUCAUCUGCAUGAGUGGAUCGUUACACCCCCAUUGAGCCUGGAAGGAGUCAAUGGGAGAAGUUAGUAUUGGCUCUGACUUUACCAGAAGCAGGGCCUUGGGUUUUGCUGAUAAUUUAUCUCACUGAACUUGGUAUUUUUGCCUUAAAUGACAUGCUUGAGUCCUUCUAAUUUUAAGUUAAUUUAUUUAAUACAAUUUUGUGCACAAAAAAAAAAAAAAAGAAGGAAUUCUAUAAAUUAUGUAUGAAAAUGUUAAUGUCUUUACAAAAACCAGAAGAUCAUAUCUUUUCAAGUUAUGAUUUAAAAUCCUAAUUUUUUUCUUUUACGCUUAUCAUUAUUUUUGUAGCUGCAAGUCUUAUCAUAUAGGAAUUUGUUAACGUUAUAUUGCUAGCAAAUAGAAAGAAUAGUGCAUAUAUGAAAUUCUGGAGAGGAAGAAUUGUUUGUUUGGGUUUUUUACGAGCUUUGGUCGUGUUUCCUCACGAAGAGUUUCCUGUUUCCAUGCUCUCUAACUACAGUGUCGUGACUGUCAGUCAUUCAUUGGUUUCACAAAAGAAGGACCUGUCUGGCUUUUCAAGUCUUGUAUGGAGCUGCUUAACAAAUGCAAGCUCGUGAUAGCUAAUAGGAAUUUUUCCUGAGCAGGGACAGAAGACAACAUUUUGCUCUUAUCUACAAUCCUUUGGAGGAUUGUUGAAGAGCGAAUUGAACCUAAGUAAGAGCUUCAGGAAUUAAGCCUUACCCAAAUAACUGUUUUCUGAUCAGCAUGUUUCUUGUACCUGAUUGAAGAGAAAACUGAAAAGAAUAGUUUUGAUGAUGAUUAUUUGUUGAAAAAUUUGUAUUUGCUCCUGGCUUAUAUGAUCUAUACUUUUUAUUUAAAUAUGAACAUAGUGUUUUAGCCUAGGGUUCAAGAUUGCAAAGAUCAUACACUUUUAUUCACAGUGCCCACAGUUGUUGUAUAUGUUUUUUGAGACAAUCCUACUUAAAGUGACUGCUCUCAUUAUAGUAUGGUGAUGAGUAAUUCACUUGCUCUUCUGUGGUAAGUCAAAUCAUACUGAAUUGCUGAUGUAUAGUAGAACACCUGAUGUACAGUAGUGUCUCCACAUUAGGACCUGCAUUCCUUACUCAAGCAAAAAUUCUACUGACUGCAGUAAGACUAUUGCUUGAAUGGGGAGCUCACGUUCAAAUCCUUAUUUUGUUGGGCAUCUGUUUAAAGUGAAAAUGGUAAUAUUCCAGUUAUUUCCUGAGGAAACUUAAUAUUUAGCUGAAUUUACCCAUGUCACAUUGACUAUAUAAAACAUAACGCACAAAAUACUAAGGUAAAAAGGGAAGAAGGGACAUUUUUUAAAAAGCACAGAGAAAAGGAGAACAAUCAGAAAAGAGGCGAAAGCAGGAAAAGAAAAUGUAAGAGCAAAGGACCGAAAAAAGUGUUUAACCACCUGAGGCUAAAUUCAUCCUUGGAUGGCUUCACUGACUUCAAUGAAUUGACUGCGCAGUUGGGUGAAGUUCAGCCUUCACUGGGAUGAUCAGGCUCAGUUCCACUAACCUUACCGGAACUGAACCCACCUAUACCAGGAAUGAACUUGCCUCUCUGGGCCAACUUUAUCCUGACUCAUAUGUCAUGCAAUCCUUUUGGAUUCACUAGGUUUGAAUGAGAUACAGGUCAGAAGAGAAUUUGUCCCAGAUAUUUCUGCUUCACAUUUUUUUCCAAGUGUGUUAAUCAGCCUAAUUCAAGUGGAUUACAACAUCACACAAAGUGCUGCCGCUGUCUAAAAAGGUUGAUUGUUUUUUGAAAUCAGAAUUGUCCACUGCAGCGUCAGUGGAAGCAUGUAAUGUUUUCCUGUUCAUUAAUUUGGAUGCAAAUGUGGCCAUUCAUUCAGCUACACUUAGGACAAUUCCAGACAUAUCCAAUUAUCAUCUGCUAUUGGAAGCAUUUUAGACUUCUUUGAAUGUUAAAAGCCAGUUUCAUAACAGGUUCAGAAAGUAUGAAGGCUGCUUCCACUGACACUGCAAUGGCAUUAGCCAGUACAUUACAAUGUUAAUUGUAACUUCUUGACAAAGUUGAAUCCAUGUUGUUGUUAAUAAAAAC